GACAAUUGCUCUGGGGAAAAUGUCGACACAUGGGACUCGUCAUAACCAGGGAUAUCAUUUUGCCAUGUCACUACCAAUUGGCCAUCUUGAACUUUGACAGUCUCCACGGCAACGUCAUCGGGUAUAUCAGUCAUGCGAAACUCUCGUUGUUUUGUCGACUGGUCGACACACUUGGGACAGGUACAGGCAUCCCGUAAUCGAAUGCUAUGGAUAUAAACCAGUUGUUGGUUUGCGGUCGUAAUCAUCACUGUGCCAUUCUCGCCAACUGCGGCAGACUUGACGGAAGGGAUUAUAAAGGACCUCAUGGGUGAUCCUCCGACCAUCCGCACGAGCGGCUUCCCAUUUGUUGUUGAUUCCUUCCCAGGUGCAUACGGGAUCCUCCUCACGAUCGGUCUAGAUGCCUCGGGGGCAGUCUGGGUUUCGGCGGAAUCGCUGUAACCCGCUCGCAGCUGUAGAAUAGACGGGUACACAAUUUGGCCGGCAGUCCGUCGAAGCUGGGAUGAAGCGGCCAGCCUCGCUCGAGCCUGGCGCAGAGGCGCGAGAGCAAAAGACAUGGCGCCAAUCUCUCUGGGGAAUCUAAGCUAUCAAUAAGCGAGGCAAAAGAGCGCCUAAUUGUUGCCACUGGGUCGUCUAUCUGUCUGCCAUUCGUCCUUGUUGUUGUUGUUGUUGUUGUUGUUGUUGUUGUUGUUGUUGUUGUUGUUGUUGUUGUUGUCGUUCUUGCGAGCCGCCAUAGGGGAAAAAUCGCCCGGCAGUAUCGAAUCACGUGAUUCGGAGGAUUUCUGGAUAUUUAUUUCCUUUGCGAUGAAUUCAAUCCUUGUUGUUCUUGGUGUUUCCAAAUCCAUCCUUCAGCGGUUUAAUAGUUAUAUCUUGUUUAAGAGAGCAAUUCCACCCAUGUUCUCUUUGGAAAUCUCCAGUUAACCUUUCGAAUCUCUUCGGUCACUACCGAAAAACGGGAGAGACCUCUGCUCUACUCUUGUCUGUGUAUGUCGGCUGGGGGAGAACAUCUCAAUGAGGAAGGCAACAGAAUACAGGUAGUUGCUGCAGGCGCAGCUGCUGGCCUGGUCUCGAGAUUCUGCAUCGCACCCCUCGAUGUCGUCAAGAUCCGCCUGCAGCUCCAAAUUCAUUCACUAUCCGACCCCCUCUCCCACCGCGACAUCAAAGGCCCUGUAUACAAAGGGACACUCUCAACCCUCAAGUCUAUAUUCCGCGAUGAAGGCAUAACAGGCCUCUGGAAAGGCAACAUACCCGCUGAACUCCUCUACGUCUGCUAUGGCGGCAUCCAAUUUUCCAGCUACCGCGCCGUCUCUAGCGCCCUCCGCGCCCUCCCCCCUCUCCCUCUCCUCCCACACCCCAUCCCCCAGCCCGCCGAAUCAUUCAUCUCCGGCGCCGUCGCCGGCGGCCUUGCCACCGCCUCCACAUAUCCCCUCGACCUCCUCCGCACCCGCUUCGCCGCCCAGGGCAACGACAAGAUCUAUGCCUCCCUCCGCGCGUCCGUGCGCGACAUCGCGCGCACAGAGGGCCCGCGCGGCUUCUUCCGCGGCGCCACCGCCGCCAUCGCCCAGAUCAUCCCGUACAUGGGCCUUUUCUUCGCUGCGUACGAGGCCGUGCGCAACCCCAUUGCCGGCUGGGAAUUGCCGUAUGGUACGGGCGAUGCGGGCGCGGGCGUGGUGGCGAGCGUGAUUGCGAAGACGGGGGUGUUUCCGUUGGAUCUCGUGAGGAAGCGGUUGCAGGUGCAGGGCCCGACGAGGGCGAGGUAUAUUCACACCAAUAUCCCCGUGUAUGAGGGGGUGUUGAGGACUAUAAGGGAUAUUUUGGCGGCGCAGGGGGUUAGGGGGUUGUAUAGGGGGUUGACGGUUAGUUUGAUCAAGGCUGCGCCGGCGAGUGCUGUGACGAUGUGGACGUAUGAGCAUGUUUUGGGGUUGUUGAAGGAGAUGAAUCGUGGUGAUCAUGGUGAUGGUGGUGGGGAAUAGUGGUGCGGAGUGGAUUAUAAGCUGUUUUUACGUUGGUCUGAAAUUUUGGUAAGGGUAUGAGCCGCUUUUUUGGUUGUAUUAUAAGGGCACCUGCCCAUCAGGGGAGUUCUGGUGUUUCUCUAUGCUCAAAUGGGAAUGGAGCCAGGAUAAAUCCUUACAAGAUAUUGAGCACAUGCUUGGCUAGUUAGGAUACAUAUAUACUUGAGCAACACUGCUCCUUACACUUAUCUAUACAUUUCCUGGAUACGUUUUCUUUGUAUUGCACUGUACAUAUACGCACCCGGCAUGCCUUCCAACCCAGUAGCUUGUGCUAGGUUUGCUAUAGUAUGUACCUCCUACGGACGGCAAAACUAUCUCCAUUGUGAGCUAUACUUUCGUCAAGUGGUAUACCUCCC